AUGCCAAGAGCAAGUACUCAGCCAGAAAACAGUCAGGCUGAUAAACCACUGUUCUUCUACAUGCCUGAUGCAGAAUGGGGAGAAUUCUGCCAAUGGCACGAGUCGAGCUUCACAGUAUCCAAGGCAGAGAUCUCCGACCUUGUUGGCCGCACCGUAAACGAGACAAACCCUGAUGAGACCAUCAGCUUCAACUGCGCUGAGCAAUUCAUGAUGUACUGCAAAGCCGCAAGAUUCCACGAUGUUUCGACACAAGAUCUAAUCCUAGCGACAAGUAGUCCGAAAGAACAGAAGAGGCUAGGCAAAAACGUCAGUGGGUUCACGAACGAAAGUUGGGAUCAGAUCAAGAGUACUGUCGCCAGUAUGGGCAACAAGGCGAAAUUCGGACAGAAUGCGUACCUAGGCCGAAAGCUGUUAUCCACAGGCGAUCGUCUGCUCUGCGAGGCUGCGUCAAAGGAUCGCGUUUGGGGGAUUGGAUAUACCGCUAAACACGCCAUGUCUCAUCGUCAACACUGGGGUGAGAAUCGACUGGGCAAAGCUCUCAUGGUGACAAGAGAACACUUGAGGAGCGAGGAGGCCCGCAACAAGAAGCCUUGGGAGCAGUAUGAGGCAUGA